AUGGCAGAUCCAGAAUUAGAUGCUAUUAGGAAGCAACGAUUAGCUCAGCUACAAUCUCAAUAUAGAAAGGGUGAGGGGGAAUCUGAUCAAAAUAACCAGAAAGUGAAAGAGGAACAAAUUAGAGCACAGGAAGAUGCAAAAAACUCAAUUUUAUCCCAGAUCUUGGACCAAUCAGCCCGAGCAAGAUUAAACACACUCAUGUUGGGCAAACCAGAGAAAGGAAAACUGGUGGAAAAUAUGCUGAUACGAAUGGCACAGUCUGGACAGAUUUGUACAAAAAUAGGUGAAAAAGAGUUGAUAGGAUUAUUAGAGAAUGUUAAUAGUCAAACCCAAAGUAAAACAUCUGUUAAGUUUGACAGGAGAAGAGCUGCUCUAGAUUCAGAUGAUGAAGACCUCUGA